UAAGUAACAAAACAAACAAGUUUCCUUGAAUACAAUGUAUUAAAUUUCAGUUUUUGAUGAAACUGCGCUACCUCACUUACACUAGAAAUAAAAUAUUAAAUUAUAUUCAUAAAAUAUUGUAUAUAAAUUUACGUUGAUCAGGAAUAUGGAUAAAGAGAAGGAUAAGAUAAGCGAUGACUUAUUGAAUCGCAUACGAAAUGAGUUGACGGCCAUUAUGGAAGAGAACAAAAGCAAUGAUCCGAAACGCAGAAUUUCCUAUGAGGACCUUAUGAGGCCUACGCCAUUGCCCACUCUGCAUACGAAUAAGAAUGAGAAGACGAAAAAGAGCUCUAAUAAAGGCCAAAUAUAUCACAAUCCGCAGUCACAUCGCUCGUCAGUUGGCGGUAAAACGAUUACCAUGAAGCCAUCAGUCGAACGCUUGACUGCUGGCCAGGCACAAGCUAGCGAAGAGUCAUUGUCGUCAUCGUCGUCUUCGCCCAUAAUAGGUACAUCCAGUGCCAGCUCGUUGAGGAAUAGGCUCGCCAGUUUGGAGGACAGUUUAUCAGCAGAGUUUCUGGAGUCGAAGAGUACCAAGAGUAUUGAUGAAGAUAUGCAGAAGAUGCAGCUGGAAUUGGGACAGAGCUAUCAAUUGUUUCAGGGCAUUGGCGAGAAGUUUGAGUCCAUCAAUUUUGGUUCACUGAAGUCUCGCAUACGCGACUUACGUAUGAACAAUAUGGCCAACGAUCUGGGAAAGGUAACAACCAGCGAACUACAGAAAAUGUUCGAGUCCAGCUUUCUGCAGAAUCGGCUGGAUAAGCUGACCAAAAAUGUUGGCGAAGAUUUUCGCCAGCAUCCCGGGGAGUUUGGUGAUAUACCUGAAUUGAGCAACUUCUUCCAAGCAUGCACCCAGCUGGAGCACGGCCUGGACAAACUGAAGCAGCAGCGUCAGCGAACCAACGAGCUGGAGCAACGUUUAUGUUGGGCCACUGAGAUUGCAUACGAUCGCAUGGAAGAAAUACGUAAUUCAGUAGGUGAUAAGCCGGAAACUAAUUUCUAAGCUUCAUCGUGCGUAUUUUAAUAAUUGAUUUUAAUCUUGUAUGUUCUGAAUUGAAAAAAAAAAAAAUACAUAUGGUUUGAGCUGCUUAAAAAUCCAUUCUGAUUAAUAUCCUAUAUAUACUGGGAUAUCUACCACAAAUUCCCCGUAUAUCUUAUCUAUUGACGUCAUCUUCAUGAUAAAAUUAUAUUAGCAAAAACAUAGUUGUCAAUGUACUGCCCUUAUAUUCUGCAAGCUCCACUAAAAUAAUUAUAUCGGAUGAAACUUUACACCUUUUAUAUAAUAAAAAAAAUAUAUAUAUCUUCA